CGCGUAUCAACCUACCUGCCUACUCGGUAAAACACCGUUUCAAGUUUCGAGUUAAGCGAGACGCUCGACAUACUCCUUACGUCAAUUAGGGGUUGAAACACAGAACUUCGAGACAUGCAGGGUCAGAAUGGUCUCUGGAUUGCAGGCUUCUUCAUUGCGUCGCUUUUGCAGACGAUAGUGAUCGUAAGUGGUGAUGAUAACACGGCGAAAAAACAGACUACUUCGUCUCACGCAGGACGAGGAAAAACAUCUUCGGAUUUAGAGGAAUCGGAAACUUCGUACUUCAGCACGAUCGCAGCCCAUAAACAUCUCUUCAACACCUAUCACCCAACUGUCACGUAUUUUCCAUCCUCGGUGAAUUUUCCGAGUUCUCUCUUUCCAUUUGGCCAAAACACGAGCGAUGGCAUUCAUCAGCAAAUUAAAUGCGGAGACUCAUUUCCUCGAUUUUGUCAGCAUUCGCGAUAUCGUAGUUACGACGGUUCUUGCAAUAAUCUUCAGAAUCCCACGUGGGGUUUGGCCAACACGAGAUACGGAAGACUCGUACAUCCACGUUACAGCGAUGGAAUCCGAGCACCGUCGAGAUCGAUAACCGGUGCGGAAUUGCCGUUGGCACGAGCCGUCAGCUACACGAUGUUUCCGAACGUCGAUAUCGAUGACAGAAUGUGGACUUUGGUAACGAUGCAAUACGGACAGUUUAUCACGCACGAUAUGGGUUUAAUCGAUGGAACGACUCAAUCGAAAUCGCACGCCACGCGAUGUUGCACCUUCAACGGUCGGCUGGUGCCGAAUCACGAGGCAAUGCCCCGAUGCUUACCAAUUCUCAUACCUUACAACGACCCGGUGUACAGAAGUUCCAUAGAGUGCAUGAACUUUGUCCGUAGUACGACCGACCUUGAUCGUGGAUGUUCGUCUCCGAACAAGCCAGCGGAACAGUUGAACACUGUCACGCAUUACUUGGACCUUUCGCUCGUUUACGGUUCGAGUGACGAGAUUGCGGCUAAUCUGCGCACUGGUUCCGGUGGACGUUUGAAUACAGAGUUGAAAAAUAACAGGGAAUUUCCACCAUCGGCCCCGAACAAAACCGCCGUGUGUGAUAUGGUUUACGAAUUCGAGCCGUGCUACGCUACCGGCGAUUCGCGGGGCAAUCAAAACCCGCAACUGACGGUUCUGCACAUCAUAUUGCUCAGGGAACACAAUCGCGUCGCCGAUUACUUGGCGCAAUUAAAUCCUCACUGGACCGACGAGACGAUAUUUCAGGAAACGCGCCGAAUUGUAAUCGCCGAACAUCAGAACAUCGCGUAUUACGAAUGGCUGCCUAUUUUGUUAGGUACCAGACAAGUCUACGAGAACAAGAUCUUGUACGAUACCAAGAGUUACGUGAACGAUUACGACGAAACGGUUACCGCCAACACUCUUAACGAGCAUGCAAACGCAGCUUUUAGAUAUUUUCAUUCGAAUAUCGCUGGCCAACUCAAUUUAGUGUCGGAACAUCGACUCUACUCUCCUUUUUCUACAUUGAGAUUGAGCGAUCACUUCAACAGACCUGCCGUUAUAGAAAGAAACAACAAUCUGGAUGAUUUGACGAGAGGUUUAACUUCUCAACAGCAAAAAAUGACCGAUCCGUUCUUCGACGAAGAGAUUACACACUUUUUCUUCAAGAGAGGAAGAAUCCUCGGAUCAGAUCUCAGGGCGAUAGACGUACAGAGAGACCGAGAUCACGGUCUCGCCAGCUAUAACGAUUACCGCGAAUACUGCGGAUUGCCGAGAGCAAAGACUUUCAACGACUUAGCUGACUACAUAAGUUUUUCGGACAUACAAAAACUCUCCACUUUGUACGCCAGCCCGGAGGAUAUCGACUUGACUGUCGGCGGAUCCCUGGAGAGACACGUGCCCGGAACGCUAAGUGGACCGACGUUCCUCUGCAUCAUGUUGAAACAGUUUCAGAAAACGCGAAUCGGCGAUCGUUACUGGUUCGAAACCGGCGAUCCGAAAAUAGCAUUCACGCUCGAACAACUGAAUGAAUUACGAAAGUCGAGUAUAUCGCGACUGCUUUGCGAUAACGGAGACAACAUUCAGCACAUGCAAAGAUUGGGAUUCGAGCGAAUCUCUGAAACGAAUCCUCUCCGCAGAUGCAAUGAGCUCCCGCAAGUGGAUCUCUCUCUCUGGAAAGAUUUUGGUCCAGAGGCUCAUGAUCUGAGGUUUCAACACAUUAUCACACCGUUGUAUAAAAAGAAAUAGGUGAAUUUAUGCGAGCACUUCCGACGCGAGCUAAAAAGAUCGACACGUAUAUUUUGCGAAUAAAAACGGAAAAUCUUGGAAAAGAUAAAAAAUUUAAAGGUUUUACUUGAUAAAUUCUGUCGUUUACAAACCAAUUGAAAAAGCGCGUAACUUAUUCUCUCAAAAAAAUAAAUUUAAAUUAUUAUAUGAAUACAUAAAUAUUUUAUAUUAAAACUACAACUAGUAAUGCGCAUACCGAACUGUAGUUUUUGAUCGACAUAUUGCUAAUAGAUCAUUUUUAUACUGU